GCUACGUUAUUUGAACACCUGCAAUACUUUUUCACCUAUAAACAAUGGAAGAAUGUGAUUUGUUAUCAAAAGUUUACGACAUACUACAAUCAGAGCAUGUUUUUAGCCCAAGUGAAGAAGAAAAGGUGGUUACAUUUAAACAUCCACAUGAACUAAAGGACAUGCUGGAAUUAGAUUUGGUGAAUUCUUCUGUAUCGAAUCCAGCCGAACUGGAACAAAUCUUACGAAAAGUAAUUCAAUAUUCAAUCAAAACAUGCCACCCGAAUUACUACAAUGAAAUGUACGCUGGGCCGGAUUUGUAUGGGCUAGCCGCAUCUUGGAUAACGGAUGCACUAAAUUCUUGCCAAUUUACAUUUGAAGCAGCGCCGGCAUUUUCGCUAGUAGAAUCGGUUGUUCUGGACUACUUUCUGAAGUUGUGUGGGCUUGAAUGUGGUGAAGGAGUUUUCACACCGGGUGGAUCGAUAGGAAAUAUGUACGCGAUGGCAUUGGCCCGUCAUAGAAUUUUACCAGAAAACAAAUCACAAGGAAUGUAUGGACAAAAAACGUUAAAGAUUUUCACCUCACAUGACUCGCACUACAGCUUAGCGAAAAGCGCCAAUUGGUUGGGCCUGGGUGAGGAAAAUGUGCUGAAAAUCAAGACUGAUGACAUGUGCCGCAUCGACAUCGAUCUGCUGGAAGAAGCUAUUGCCGACGCAAUUGAACGCGGAUCGAAACCUCUGAUAGUGUCGGUCACGGCAGGAACAACGGUGUUUGGAGCCUUCGAUAAUUUGGAGAUGGUCGCUGAUGUGUGCCAGCGGUACCAAAUUUGGAUGCACGUUGAUGCGGCAUGGGGAGGAGCAGCAGCUUUUUCGGCGCGUCACAAAGGGUUGCUAGCUGGCAUGGAACGUGCUGAUUCGGUGACUUUAUGUCCUCAGAAAAUGCUAGGAGUUCCACUUCAGUGUGCCAUGUUUCUAACGAGGUACAAAGGCCUACUCAGUAGCUGUAAUGCAACAUGUGCGGAAUAUCUAUUCCCAGCUGAUAAAUACUACGACGCAUCUUAUGACACUGGCGACAUGAGCAUUCAGUGUGGCAGAAAGAUCGACUCUUUCAAACUUUGGUUCAUGCUGAAAGCACGUGGCCCGGCAUGGUUUGAGUCUGCUGUGGAUAAUGCACUCGCGUGUGCACAAUAUUUUCAGACGAAAAUAGCAACGUGUGCCUUUUUCAAGCUCGUCCAGACGACACCGUAUCAGUUUACAAACAUAUGUUUCUGGUUCAUCCCCAAACGGCUUCAGCUGAUUUCUCCUGGCGAGGAAAAUGAUGAAUGGCUGGCAGAGUUGUAUAAGGUCACGCUUGUGUUGAAGCAGAGGAUGGUGCAGAGAGGCAGUUUGAUGAUCAGUUACUCUUCUCAUCCGGGCAAAAAAUUGGGCUAUUUUUUCCGAUUGGUUUUGAAAUGUGUGCCAGCGCCUACGACUGCUAGGAUGGAUUUUAUCAUCGACGAAAUGAUUAAUAUCGGUAGUGGGUUGUGAAAUGUAUUUGGUUCGUCCAUCCAUACAAAGUGGAAAUAAUAGAGUCUGUCGGAUUCUUUAUCUAUCAUGUGUGCAUUAG